AUGGUAUACAUACAUAAGUCAUCAGCCAAGACAACCAUACCGACACAGCCAUUGACUCCAGCUUCGUUUAAACCUUUUGGGUCCAUUAUUUGUACUGAUCAGCAAUUAGAUCACCCACAUAAAAGUGCUGCCAACCAAGGAACUGCUAUUAAGCUCUUCCAGGUCUCUCAGAUUGUCAACAAUUACUCCUCCUGUCCAAGUGGAAAUCCAGCGACCAUAAAUUGGAAUAUCUUCAGAUGUACCGUCCCCAAUACACUUACGAAAUCCGAUCAAGGAAAUCGGGUUUACACUGGAAAAGUUUUGGAAAGACACCCGUAUACUACUCAAACUUUCCUUCCUAUGGGUAUUAGCAAGGAAAAAGACACUUAUAUGGUGAUUUGUGCGUUGAAUGAUGAAACUACUGAUCAAAAACUGCCCGAUUUGUCGACGUUAACAGCAUUCAUUUGCAAGGGAAACCAGGCUGUUACAUAUGGAGCUGGGGUGUGGCACGCUCCAAUGAUUGUGCUCAAUGAGACUGUUGAUUUUGCUGUGCUGGUACAUGAGAAUGAUCAACCACAAGAAAAUUGCGAGGAAGUGGAGUAUGAAGGUUUGCAAGUUUUGAUAUGA